UUCACGGCCAGGAGCUGGCCCAUCCCCUGAGCAAAGGCAGCCUGGACAUGACCGGCAGGCGAGGGAGGAGGAAUUUGGAUUCCCUUCGGAGGCGCCGACCCCUCCUCCGCCCGGUGCGAGCGAGGCGGGGGGAGCCCGGCCGCGGCCGCUCACUUCCAGCGCGGGCAGCCGGCGCUGGCCAGCUCCUGCCGGGGACCCGGCCAGUGUCCCCCGCGGCUGGCUCCCACGCCGCCCGGGCACCGAGGGGAUGCAGCAUCUCCAGCGCCGGGACGGAUCCGUGCUGCAAUGAGAUCUGAGCCUUGACGUGAAGACCUUAACAAAAAGAUCUUCAGAGAGUGUGUGCUUCAGCCCUAACAAUAGUAUUAACAAGCAAAACGUGACCAAAGCUGAACAUUAAGAGAGACGAUGGCUGUCAAUUGGAAGAUCUGCUUCUUCGCUCUCAUAUUGCUUCCAGUGGUUACAGCAACCCAUUCCAAUUGCAUCAUUAAAAAGGAGCAAGAGACCUGUCUAGAGAAGAUACGGAGGGCAGCUGCCCUGAACCCUUUCAAUGACUCUUCUCCAGGAUGCCCAGGAAUGUGGGACAAUAUUACAUGCUGGAAACCUGCAAGUGUGGGUGAAAUCGUCUUUGUCAAGUGUCCUGCACUGUUCAGGUUUAUCAUCUCUGAAGAUGGUUGGGAAGUAGACAAUUUGGGCCAAACCCAUGCAGGUGAUUAUGACCUGCUGGAAAGCACAGCCCAGUCUCCCCUAGGGGACAUCAGCAGAAAUUGCACUGAAGAUGGCUGGUCUGAACCUUUUCCUCAUUAUUAUGAUGCCUGUGGCUUUGAUGAAAAUGAAACAGAGUCCGAUAACCAGGAUUACUACUACCUAUCUGUGAAGGCUCUGUACACGGUGGGAUACAGCACUUCUCUUGUUUCCCUCACCACCGCCAUGGUGAUCCUGUGCCGUUUCAGGAAGCUUCACUGCACUCGAAAUUUUAUCCACAUGAACCUCUUUGUUUCAUUCAUCCUACGUGCAAUAUCUGUCUUCAUUAAAGAUGGGGUUCUUUACGCUGAACAGGAUGGCAACCACUGUUUUAUCUCAACGGUGGAAUGCAAAGCGGUGAUGGUGUUUUUUCAUUACUGUGUCAUGUCCAACUACUUCUGGCUUUUUAUUGAGGGAUUGUACCUUUUCACUUUAUUGGUAGAAACCUUUUUCCCAGAGAGGAGAUAUUUCUACUGGUACACUAUUAUCGGCUGGGGUACCCCAACGAUUUGUGUCACUGUCUGGGCAGUGCUGAGACUUCACUUUGAUGAUACUGGCUGCUGGGACAUGAAUGACAACACUGCCUUGUGGUGGGUGAUCAAGGGUCCUGUGGUUGGAUCAAUUAUGAUAAAUUUUGUGCUUUUUAUUGGCAUAAUUGUGAUACUUGUGCAGAAACUCCAGUCACCUGAUAUCGGGGGCAAUGAAUCCAGCAUUUACUUCAGCUGCGUUCAGAAAUGCUACUGUAAACCUAAGAGGGCUAACCAGCACUCUUGCAAGAUGUCAGAACUAUCCACCAUUACCCUGAGGCUGGCUCGCUCUACACUACUGCUUAUCCCCUUGUUUGGAAUUCACUACACGGUGUUUGCUUUUUCUCCUGAAAAUGUCAGUAAGCGGGAGAGACUAGUGUUUGAAUUGGGACUGGGAUCUUUCCAGGGGUUUGUUGUUGCUGUUCUCUAUUGUUUCUUGAAUGGGGAGUUUCUCCCUAAAGGUGCAAUCAGAAAUAAAGAGAAAAUGGAGGAGCUGGAAAGUCAACCGGUAUUUUGCUGUGGAUUUCAAACAUCGUCAUCCUUCUCUAGCGAGCAGCGGAGUGAACGGGGGGACACAACUCUCCAUUCUGAGCAAGAGCAGCUCUCAGAUUCGGAUGUCCAGCAUAAAUGCGGAGAACCUAGCGACAUGAGCAGCUAAGGAAAACAAAUCAAUCAACAAGCAAACCAAAAACCAUCCCUCUAAAAUGAAAAGAAAAAAAAAAAAUCAUAGUUUUGGUGGUGGUGUAGGUCUCCUUUCCCUUUCCCUUUCCCUUUCCCUUUCCCUUUCCCUUUCCCUUUCCCUUUCCCUUUCCCUUUCCCUCUCCGUCUCCCUCUCCAUCUCCCUUCCCUUCCCUGAUGUUUGAAGAGGUGAAAAAGCAAAAGAAACGUGUGUAUAUAUCUCUUUUUAACAAUCACUGUAAAUACCCAGCCGUACUCGAGGCCAUUAAUGGAAAAAUGUUUCAAAGACAGCCAACAGGCCAAGCCCACCCGCUCAAUGAUUUACAUUUCAGAGCAUCUGCAAGUAGUCCGUUGUCAGUCAAAAGUAACAAGUGAUCGCUGUGCAGUUGUGAUCCUCGGUUGCCAAACUGAUACUAAUCUGUGAAUGGACAUGACCAUUGUUAUUUUUCCAAUUGGUUUCCAUUAUGGUUUGGAUUUGCCUUUUUUUUCCCCCUAGUCAAACGUAUCUCAGCCUGUCCCUGUCUUUUGGCAUGUGAAUUUCUGCAGUGUUUCUCUUUUGAGUCUUAGGAUGGAGCUAACAUGCUUGGGUUAACCAAACCAGCCAAUUUGGGAAGAACAUCAGAAAAUUAAGUUC